ACCCCUGCCCAGGAUGUCGGCGCUCGAGUGGUACGCCCACAAGUCCCUGGGCGACGGCAUUUUCUGGAUUCAGGAACGCUUCUACGAGUCGGGCAACCGCGCCAACAUCUGGCUAGUGCGCGGCUCCGAGCAAGACGUGGUGAUCGACACAGGCCUGGGCCUGCGCAGUCUCCCUGAGUAUUUGUACUCCUCCGGCCUCUUGCAGGACCGCGAGGCCAAGGACGACGCAGAACGCCGGCCGCUGCUGGCAGUGGCCACCCACGUGCACUUCGACCACUCCGGCGGCCUCUACCACUUCGACCGGGUAGCUGUGCACCACGCUGAAGCGGAGGCUCUGGCUCGCGGGGACAACUUUGAGACGGUGACCUGGCUAUCCGACAGCGAGGUGGUGCGAGCGCCCAGCCCUGGCUGGAGGGCCAGGCAGUUCCGAGUGCAGGCGGUGCAGCCCACCCUCAUCCUGCAGGAUGGGGAUGUGAUCAACCUUGGUGACAGACAGCUGACUGUUAUGCAUAUGCCUGGACACUCCAGAGGCAGUAUUUGCUUACAUGACAAAGACCGAAAGAUUCUCUUCAGUGGAGACGUCCUGUAUGAUGGAUCACUGAUUGACUGGCUCCCAUACAGCAGGAUAAGUGACUAUGUUGGAACCUGUGAACGGCUGAUAGAAUUAGUGGACAGAGGUCUGGUAGAGAAGGUGCUUCCUGGGCACUUCAAUACCUUUGGAGCUGAGAGGCUUUUUCGAUUGGCUUCCAACUAUAUUUCAAAAGCCGGUAUGUGUCACAAAGUCUCUACUUUUGCCAUGAGAUCCCUUGCAAGUUUAGCCCUUCGUGUAACAAAUUCUAGGUCCUCACCAUAGUAUGUAUUGAUACUCUGUUAUGACUGAUUCUAUACUAAUCCAUUAUUUUGUGCUGUUUAAAAUGAUUAACAGUGAGCAUUUCAAGAAGUGCUUUUAUAAUACUACUGUAUAUUAGAGAAAAAAUUGAAAAUGAAUAAGCCAAAAAAGGAAAUUCUUUGUUUAAAGUUUUCUUUCUUUAUUACUAAAAUAAGCUUAUAAUUUGCCAAACUUGUCACCUUUUAAUGUUUUCCCUAGAAACUACAUAGAAAUAUAUGGGGAAGCAACGUGGUAUUUUGCAGGAAGAGAAAGAACUAUCCUUGCUUUCCAUUUGUCUUAAUUUUAUUUCCUAGAUGACCUAUAAAAAAAAGGCAUAUAUUGAAAAAGAGUUUUAUGUUUGUAUUCCAAACUUGAUUUUUUCAGUAUAUAAUUUAAAGAUUAAAGGUUCUUGGAUUUAAAAUACAUCUGAACUCAAUACAAACAUAUAAACUAGCAUUUAGAAGGACAGCUAAAAUAUUCCAUUUUUAUGGGCCUGAAUUUUUUAUGCCUCAUUUCAUUUAUUUAUUCUUUAUGUAAUUAUAGCAUACAUUACAUGUUGUGUCAUUUUAUGAAAAGUACAAUUUUUGUUUUAUUGCAAAGCUUUAAAUAUGAACUGCAGAAGUGCUUCAGUAAAAAGCUACUAUAUAUAUUGUUGUUUGUUAUUAUGCAGUGUAGUAUUUUCAGUCAUAAAAGUGAAAUUUAAAUGUCUGUAAUCUAACUAAAAUUGUAAGAUUUCUCAAAAGGACACUGUCAGGCAAACUUGAAAAUAUACACAUUGAGAAUAAUUUUUUAUUAUAUCCUAUUUUAGUAUUAACAGCUAUUCUGAACAAAAUUUUUCUUGUUAAAUAGCAACUUCAGUAUAUGUGUCAUAUUUGAUAGUAUCAAAACAACUAUAGCAACCUACAGUAUUUUGAUACAACCCGUUCUUUUAGUUAACAUGACAUGCAUAUGUACCACAGAAGGCUUUUCAAAUUAAUUACAAAAUGUGCAUUAGAUGUUGACAGACUGAAUUGCCUUUUUUAUCCUGAUCCACAACACUUAUUUCUUGUUCAGUAUUCUUUGUGUGGAAUGAAAAGAAGUCUACAUUUGUAAAGUCAUAGGAAAGGUUAUACCACUAUUUAGUAAAAUGUUUUGGUUUGGUGCUCUUAACAAUAAUUUAUUAAAAUCCUUUUGGAAUAUUUCAUAAAGGUUUUUUAAACUUUUUUUUCCACUGCCUUUUUAUUAUUGACAUGCCUAAAACCACACCGAUACAGUUUUAGAAGUCAGUUUUUUUAAUAAUUAAGAGAUUCCAGCAAUUUUGAUUUCUGAAGAAUUGAAAUUUUUUUCUACCCUACAGCCACUCAGGUUUUUUAGUUUUGUAUUCAUUCAGUACACACACACGCACACCACAUACAUAUAUAUACACACAGAGUCAUACACAUAUAUGCACAGCACUGUGCUAAACACUGUGGAAGGUUAAAAAGUAAAAUAGACUACAUUUUAGCUGGAGGUUGAAGGCAAACAUAAAACAUGAGUAAUAGUAAUAUAUAGAAGUUGAAGUUAAUGUCAAGUAUACAUGAAUGUAAGGGAUAUAAAUGGAGGGCUUCGAAGGUUGAGAGGAAAAGGUUCCUAGAGGAGGGGUUUUUUGGAAGGUUGAUUUGUUAGUGGUCGGGGUAGGAAACAAAAAGAGCUGAGAAUAUGGAUGUAAAUAAGCAUUGCUGUCUAGAGUAGACUAUUCCUGUGACAGUUGAAUUUCCAGGAACCCCGUAUCUUCCAAGCACCAUGUAUUUAGCAUGAAAAAGAUGGGGUUGUGAUUGUGUAUAUAAAUCAUCCUUAAUGAGAGAUGAGCUGUACUGCCACAUACCACCAAAUGAGCCUUGACUUAGAAUCAGAAAGGAGGCCAUGAUUUGCUUAAGUGCAGAAUAUCAUGGGAGUUUCUCUAUGAUGGUCAUUCAAGGCAGUAGAUCUCUUUCAACUGAUGAUGCAACAUCAAGAAUAUAGUUUUGGUUCAGGGCAACUACAAUCACUUAAUAAGCCUUAAAUAUAGCCAUUAUUUUUAUAUCAGUAGCACAAAAGAAAACCAAAAGUCCUUAAUCAUUGACCAUUUUAUCAUACUAUAGGACUUUUUUUUUUAAAUUAGGGUAUAGUAGGCACUAAGUUUCAUUAGGAAAUAUUUAAGCCUGCUGAAGGAUUUCCUUAUUUACUAAAAGUGCAAUUCUUCAAAACACAUUGAUUUUAUAUUUUAAUUUCCUGAUUUUUUUUUUUACCUUUUCAAAUCGUACCAUAACAUAAGACUGAUAUUUUGCUAUGCUUCAAAAUGAAUAAAUUGGGGAAAGAAUCUAUCAUUCAUUGAGUGCACAUGCUAGGCAUUUUUAAUGUGCAUUGUUUGAUCCUGGCCCCAGCCAGAUAUAUAAUUGACAAAGCUGACACAACUUUGGGCACGAAGCUGGUAUUUGAACACAGGUUUGUCUGCCUCCCGAACUGUGGUUUUUCUGUUAUAUCUGCACAAUAGCAUAAAAUUGGCAAAGUGUAUUUUUACUUUCCAAGAUGCCACAUGUGCCAAGAAUAAAUCACAUGUUAAAACAUAUAUAAUAGCAUAUUUUAAAAAGUGUUUAAAAAAUAUAUUUUCACCCUGACAGUGACCCUUUUUAUAAUAUAUGAUUUGGGGGAAUAUUAACAUGUAAGUAUAAUUCAAAGUUGUCAAAAUGUAAGACAUUUAGAAAUAAUUAUUUGUAUUGUUAGUAUUAAAUCUUUGGAAAUUCUUCUUCCUUAUUUGAUGUUUCUUUUAAACUGGAAAGUCUAAAACAAACAAAAACUUUGUGUGUUAUCCUGAUAGAGUUGAAUAAAUGUUAAUGUAUAUUUGUUCUUAUGUGGAUAGUAAUAUGAAUGAAACACGCACAAAUUGUCCUUCUAUAAUUUUCUGGUAACUGUAAGUAAACAUUUGUGUAAUAAAUAUUAAAGUGGACAUUUUAUUUGAGUC